ACCUGGGCGACCCAGCAUGGCGAUGGCCUUUAACUGGACAAGUCGCAGCUUUGGACGCCGUUUCCUUCCUCGAAACCGUCAAUUCAGUAGGAGUGUCUUUACGAAAGAUCAGAUCAAGACUGCUGAACUCCAGAAAACACCUCAUACACCUAACCAGAUCGUGACUGAGGUUCCACAUUCGACAGAAUCCUCUGUGAUUGAUGUACCUAGCCCCCUAUGGUAUCAUCGACUGGGCCCAGUCAAGGAUUUCUUCUCGUGGUUCAGUCGCAUGCAGCGAAGACGGCCGUUGGCAACGACCUUGGCGACCUCUCUGACAACAUAUCUGACUGGGGAUCUGUUGGCCCAAGAAAUUGGAGGAGAACGAUAUGAUGGCAGUCGAACUUUACGAAUGCUCGCAGUCGGAGGUCUCGCGUCGAUCCCAGGAUAUAGAUGGUUCCUCUUCCUCGGCAGCCACUUCAACUAUGCCUCAAAAUGGGCUUCCAUCAGUGUCAAAGUACUCAUCCAGCAGUUCCUGUUCGCGCCCGUCUUCAACACAUACUUCUUUGGAAUGCAAGCUGCCUUGACAGGACAGCAGCCGUCGGUCAUUAUUCAUCGUGUCGUUUCAGCAGUGCCAGAGAGUGUGGUGAGCUCGGCCAAGUUCUGGCCAUUGGUGACUGCAUUGAAUUUCACCCUUAUCCCUGCACAUUUGCGAUUCGCCUUCUCGGCAGUCUUUGCAGUCGUAUGGCAGACUUAUCUUUCCUUCUUGAACCGUCGCGAAGAAAAGAUUGGUCCGACAGGUAGUCUCGCGGACCAAGCGAGACAGAAAUUGUUAGAGGAUGCGCCAUCAGCUUCGGUAGUCGAUGUCCUUGACGGGAUUGAUUCUGGAAAGGAUGAUUGAUGUUGUUGUCUGUCUUGCAGGGUGUCAAGGCAGAUUUCAGGUCUUGAUAUUGGUUGGGGUGUUGCGAAAACCUUCCAAGUCAUCGAUCCUUUUAGUAGGGUUGGAUAGUAUUAUGCUCCAAGAAGGCGUCGAGCUGCUCUUCGAGAGAUGCCAAGGUAUUCUGCCAUCUCUGAUGUUUUACACAUAUCUGCUGCUGAUGCUUCUCAUCCAGCCGCGGAGCCGACGAGCUGAGUCGCGCGAAGUCUUCGGUGAGCUGCUUGACCUCUCGAACCAGCUGCUCAUUGCAUUCCUGAAGUUCACGUCUGAUGUCCUCGAGUCUGUCUUGCACUUGAGACAACAUUUGACCGAGAGUGUAUCUGGUAGUGAGCGAAUCAGCGACCAAGUCGCCACGAAUAAAAGGGAUAUGUCAAAAAGUCAGAUAUGAGAAGGACGUGAGUGCAAGUUUAGUACCAGGAAAAGGGCGAAGUCAUGCCUUCCACGCGUCCAGUGAGUGACAAGUACUUUGGUUGGAGGAAAGGUCGCACAAGAGCACCUCCGGAUGGUUUUGAUGCAAGCAUUACCCCUUGAGAAGCGGCAAGUGAAGCAACUUCACCGACGCAUUCCACUAGCGUACAACAAUAGAGGUACUGGCGCUACUACGGUCUCAUGUCUCGAGCUUAGAUCCAUCAUCGCGACCUUGGUCCCAAAGACCCGACUGUGAAAACGAAGGGAUGCUCCUGAAACAAAUUAACCAGAUAUCCGUACUACCAG